AUGAGUCCAGCAGCGAUGCAGGCUGCUCUGAAAGCAACGAAGACGCGCCUUGUAGCACACAUUGAUGUCCGUUUUGAAGCCCUAGAGGCUACUGUUCGACAAAGCAACGAAUUGCUUGUAAAACGCGUCGACCAUAUUGCUGCGGAGCACAGUGUGCUGCUCGCCAAAAUUGAGAAACUUGGUGCUGCUGUCCUUGACAGCCACCGUUCAAUCCCCGCAUGCCACUGUGCUCAGAAGACAGCCUGGCUCAUUUCCUGCAACGCUUGA